AUGGACCUGGCCCGUCGCAAUGCCACAGAAGCCGACCCGGCGGCCCAGAACCCAUUCAAACUCUAUCAUUACGACCCCACGAUUGCAGGUGCCGUCAUUUUUGUAUUCCUAUUUCUGGGAACCACAGUCUUUCACUUCUGGCAACUGGUACGAGCUAAAUGUUGGUUCCUACUCCCUAUGGCCAUUGGUGGUAUAAUCCACUAUCGAGCAGAGCUGACCGUGUUUUCGGCGGCAGUGCAGGUGAUUGGGUAUGCGGCGCGUGCCAAAUCUGGCAACGAAAGCCCCGACUGGACCCUAGGUCCGUACAUUAUACAAUCGAUCCUGCUGCUUGUGGCUCCGGCCCUGUACGCUGCCACGAUUUACAUGGAACUCGGCAGGAUCAUCACUGUCAUUGAUGGGGAAGGACACGCCUUGAUCCGGAAAGAGUGGAUGACCAAAGUUUUCGUCACGGGCGAUGUCCUGUCAUUUUUGCUUCAGGGAGGGGGGGGCGGUUACCAAUCGUCCGGAUCCCUCGAGGCCCUGGACACCGGGGCUAAGAUCAUUAUUGUUGGCCUCUUUGUACAGCUCAUCUUCUUUGGGUUCUUCAUCAUCAUCGCCGCGGCGUUUCAUCGAUCUGUCAAUGCCGCACCUACUGGUCGAUCCAACACCAGCAUUCCCUGGCGUAAACACAUGAAGACUCUGUACCUCGGAAGUUUCCUGAUCAUGGUCCGGUCAAUCUUCCGUGCCGUCGAGUACCUCCAAGGCUUUGACGGUUACAUCCUCAGACACGAGGCAUACCUCUACAUCUUUGAUGCGUUACUCAUGUUUCUUGUCAUGGUAUUGUUCAACCUCGUCCACCCAUCUGAGAUUGUCGCCAUUCUUGCUGGAGGUGGCUACGUUCAUGAAUGGAAGAUGGACACUCUGCCUCAACAUCGUCAUCAGCGGUUGGGAUGA